GCUUCCCGCAUCCCGUCUUGGGGUUGGACAAACAAGAUUUCGACAUGUUUUCAGUUCCUCAGCGAGCAGACUCUGUGAGAAGCGAGAAGCCAUCCCACAAGGCAAAUACAACACAUCCCCUCUCGAUAGCAACACACAAUGGCUGCAACUGCAACGUGGGUCCCGGGCGUGAACGAGGACAGUGACUUCUCGCUGGCCAACAUCCCCUUUGGCAUCAUCAGCACCGAAGCGGACCCCUCACCUCAUGCCGCCGUUGCCAUUGGCUCCUCGGUGCUGGACCUCAAGAUGCUUCAGCAGCAGCCCGACUUCGCCGAUGUCUUUACAGCCCUGCGCGAUGCCGGCCCCGUCUUCGCACAGCCUACCCUCAACGACUUUGCUGCAUUGGGUCGCCAGGUCCACCGGGAGGUCCGCCAGGCCAUCCAGGGCCUGCUCUCGGCCGACAACACCUUGUCGCCAGCCUUUUUAAGGGACGAUGCCGAGCUGCAGGCGCGGGCGAUCCUGCCCCAGGAUGCCGUCAAGAUGCAUCUGCCCAUGAGGAUCGGCGACUACACCGACUUCUACGCAGGAUACCACCACGCCUACGCCGUGGGGUGCAUGUUCCGCGGCCCCGAGACGGCACUGCAGCCGAACUACACGCACCUCCCUGUCGGCUACCACGGCCGGGCCUCAAGCAUAGUGGUCUCGGGCACGCCCGUCAGGAGGCCGUGGGGCCAGAUACUACUGGACCCGACUACAGAGCCCAAGGUGCCGACGACAGCGCCGUGCAGGCGCCUCGACCUGGAGCUCGAGCUCGGCUGCUUCAUUGGCAAGGGCAACACGAUGGGGGAGUCGAUCAGGAUCAAGGGUGCGCCUGAGCACGUAUUUGGAUACGUGCUGCUGAACGACUGGAGCGCGCGCGACAUCCAGGCGUGGGAGUACAUACCCCUGGGCCCCUUCAACAGCAAGAACUUUGCCUCAACCAUCAGCCCGUGGGUGGUGCUCGCCGACGCGCUCGAGCCCUUCAGGACCGCGCCGAGCGUCAAGACGGAGACGCCCGUGCAAGACUACAUGAAGGAGGAGCACGGCCAGGGUGUUUUUGACAUCAGUUUGGAGGUUGAUCUGACCACACCCGAGGGCGACACGACAACCAUCAGCCGCACAAGCUCCAAGCACCUUAUCUGGUCGUUCCCGCAGAUGAUUGCGCACCACACGCUCGGUGGCUGCCCGCUAAACCCAGGCGACAUGCUCGGCUCUGGCACCAUCAGCGGCCCUGGAGCGGGCGAGCGUGGCAGCCUGCUUGAGAUGAGCGAGGGCGGCAAGAAGGACGUGGAACUAUAUGGCAUGGACGUGCGCAAGUUCCUCAAGGAUGGCGACACGGUUACGCUGCGCGGCUUCUGUGGUGCCAAGGGGCAGCGGGUUGGGUUCGGCAGCUGCACAGGGAGGAUUUACAGCGCCAACCCGGGGGGUCAGUAGCGCGCUCGAUGACGAAGCUGCGUGUGUCUUGGUCCAUGAUGGUUGAGGCGGGUUUCGGUUCAAUUCUCGUCGAGGCAAGAGUCGGGUUGAAGGGUCAAAGAUGAGAGCUGAGAGCCCGGCACGAGACUCUGAAAGCAAGCGCUUUGAAAGCAAGAGCUCUGGAUCAAAUAGGCCUGCGAGUGGCUGGCUGUAAUUGAAGGCCCACCCUCCACCCACUCUGAUGCCUGAAUUGGGCAGAUCCACGCCAGAUCAGGCCACUGCCUGCCAUUGAAGCCACCCUCUGAUCCAAU